GAAAAAGUGCGAGAUCAGUGACGGGAAAGAUUUCAUUUUUUUUCAUAGUAGGCGUUAAAUUGAAUUAAAAGCAAAAUUUAUACACAAAAAAAUAAUAACGAGGAACUCAAAAAUUCAUAAAGAAAUUUUCGGAUAUAGAGAAGUGAAAAAAGUAGAGCAAUAAUCAUGGGAGCGAAAGGUAGUGUGGAGGCCGCAAAAAUGAAUGCAGAUAACUGGGGACAUUUAGAGCGAGGUCGAAGUAGUCAGUACGGCAAUCAUCGACACAAUCAACGCUCACAAUCGCUAAAUAGAGGCCAGGCUCUCUCACGUGCAGAAGUUGGUGGAAGUGGAAUGUGGUGACACCAAAGUUCCUCAGGAGGUCAAACAGGCUGCCCAAGUUGUGCAAUGGGAAACAAAUUGAGUUGCUCGUGUGCGCCAUUGAUGCGUAAAGGAUAUCGAUAUGAAGACUCUCCAUGGCAAACAUCACGUCGACGAGAUGGUCAUCUCCUGAGGUUGUGGGCGGAAGUAUUUCACGUUGCUGCUAGCGGUGCAGGUCAAGUGAAGUGGCAACAAGUGUCUGAAGAUCUUGUUCCUGUCAACAUAACAUGCAUUCAAGAUUCACCUGAGUGCGUCUUUCAUAUUACGGCAUAUAAUAGCACUCGCAUUGGACAAGCGUCAGAAUGUUUCGUAUAUUGGAAGGAUCCCAUGACAAAUGACACCUGGGGUCUUAAUUUUACAUCUCCGAUUGAUGCAAAGCAAUUUAGGGAAUGUUGUAUUAAAUCUAAACGCCAGUCUGAUGUUUUUCAGUCUCCAUCGUUUAAAUUCUCACGAAAGGCAUCAUCAAGCUAUUCACUGAAACUUGAUCCACCUGGUAAAGGUAAGGUGAAGCCAAAACGUAAGCCAUUAAGUACACCAGCAAGUCCAUCACGUGUUGGUCGUGAACCGCAAUGCACUUGCAUGACAGCGGAACAAUAUGCUCGUUUAAAGGCACAAGAUCCACGCUACAGAGGUUCUUCCACUUUACCACGUCCAACGACAAAAGCCACCGAUACUGAAAUGCUAAGAUCUGAUAAGCCUGUAACAACGGCAUCAACAACAUCGCUUUAUGACAAUGUUACAUCAAGCAAUCAAGGACAAGGGCAAGACACUCUACAACGUCAAAAGUCCGACACGAGUACAAUGACAAAUAUUUGUACAGCAUCGGUUGGAACACAACAGAAUCAUGUCGGUUUGCAAAUAAGUCAAGAUGAUGCGAGCGAUAAGCAGACGCAACGUGAAGAGACUUCGAAAUCGGAAGGUACUCAGGCCGGCGGCACAUUACAGAAUCAGAAAAAUGCUGUCAAGACAUCCAUUUCAACUGGAACUGGUACGAGGACUAAGGACUAUAAUGAGAAUAUAAUGCACGAACAUCAGAUAACGAGUAGUAAGCGUAGCAAAUCAAAGAGUACGGAAGAUAUGAAUGUUGAUGCUGGAACGUUAAAGAAGAUGCUUAAGCCACUUCAUGGCAAUGAGAGUCCAGUCACAUCACCCGAAAUGGGACGUCGUCGAUAUAACUAUUAUAAUGCAUCAACAAAUACAGCACCGCAUGGUCAUCAACAUAUUAUUCAUAACAGUCAUUUUAAUAAUAAUUCAAUGUCACGUCAAUCUAGUCAAUCAUCAAGGUUCUCAGGAUCUCGAUCAUCACAUGAAAUUGGUCGAGGAGGCUAUCAGCCCCCGCGUGGUUUAUACUUGGAAUUGGAAAAGGAGCGUUGUGGUUUGGAAGGAUCACCUCCAUCAGAUAAUGUAAUGUUUGAUAAUCAAUGUUAUGCAACCACACCAAGCUCAAGUAAUGGCAAUUCUGAUCAGGAUCAACCAGGUUAUGGACCGCCACAAGGACGCUCGGGUCGUCAUUCACAUCAUCCACAUCAGCAGCAAACGAAUGUCACACCAACGCCUGGAUCACCUACGUCACGUUUAUUGUUGGAAUACGAAAUGCAUUUAAGGAAUACGUUGGCUAAAGGAAUGGACGCUGAAUCGUACAGCUUACAUACAUUUGAAGCUCUUCUGUCACAAAGUAUGGAAAAUUUGGGAUCAUCCUCAAGUGCCAAAUCUUCUACCCUACCUUUACCACAUCGCUUAAAUGUUGAACACUCAUAUAUACCAAAAGAACGUGAACGAGAUGGAUACUAUAGUGACCGUAAUGAGUUGAUGCGAGAACGAGAACGAGAACGUGGAUAUUUGAGUGAUCAUAAUUCAAGCUACUCAAAUUCACGUUGUGCAUCGUGCAUUGGCGAAUCUGCUCGUGCUCAGUGGUUCCGUCAUUCUGAUGGAUGGCGUUCAGGUAGCUCAACACUCGGAUCUGGCACAAAUUUGAUAUCGCAAAGUACCACCGGACAUCGUCGUUCACCGUGGGAUUCAUUGCCGUCAUUGAAACAAGAUGGAUCUUUGAAUGAUUCAGGCUAUAAAAGCAAUCGUGCUGAUUCUUUUGAACAACGAGGCGUAUUUGACCGACAAGAUAGCUUAAGAUCUGACUACCUAAGUGAUCGUGAGACACGUUAUGGAAUUGUGCAGCAGGCAUCAAUAGAUAGCACUGAUUCCCGCUUGUGCUAUCUCACAUCAUCAGAGCAUUCACUCAUUCUGGCUUCGGCAUUACAAAAUACAGCACAAACAGCCUCAACUGCAUCAUCAAAUAAUAAUAGUGAAUCGAACGAUAAAAAUAAUUCUCUAACACUUGAUUGUUGUUGCGUUCUUGUUCAAAUAACUCCUGUGGCAACGGGAAAAGGAUCGCAACCUGCAACUGUAGGCGAUGGAACGAAGAAACAUGGAGAUGGGAUAAGUGGAAGUAAGGCGAAUGGGACGGCACCUAUAUGUCGAUGCUCGAGUGCCGUCACCAAUCAUAUUUCAUCGCGUAAUGAUAACGUAAUUGUCGGUGCUUCUUCCUCAAAUAUUUCUCAAACCGGUGCAAAUGCAAAUGCUACAACUUCCACACCAUCAACAAGCAAAUCGGUAAUGAUGACUGGACAAUCAAUUGGUGCCAAAAGUAGAUCCGGCUCAUUAGAUCACUUACUCUUCAUAACAGAACAAUUAGCGCAACAUACGCAGCAGCGUCAAGAGAACAGACAUACAGGGCGUAGAGAAAUAACAGCAGAUGAUCUCUUUAAUUAUCUUAAAGAUAUAAAUGGAGAUUUAAAAUUUGUAGAUAAGAAAAGAUUAGCUCAAUUAUUAUUACAAAAUACUGAAGAGAUGGUGGCGCAACAGCAUCAAAUGAAUCAACAACAGCAGCAACAAAGUGUUACUGGUACCAUACGGAAACAUGCGCCAGUAAGUCGUCAAGAAUCCGGUGCAACGAGUGAGAAGCAAAUACAAUUCGCAAAUCAUGUCGGUCCAACUCCACCGUCUACAGUUACAGUGGAUGUGCCAACGAAAGGAAUUUUAAAUACGAGAGGAAAAUCUGGAACGAAAUUUGGAAGUGGAAAUAAGGUUGAAGUUAUAGAUACACAGCAACAGAAAGAAUUUAACAACGAAUGGAUUAAUCGUUCACAAUUUCAACGAGCAUCAUCGAGGUCAGUUGAAGUGUCGUCAACAUUACCAAGACAGGAUCAGCCAGAACCAUCGACAUUAUCGUCGAGCAAGAAACAUCAUAAGCAUCAUCAGAGACACUUUUCGGGACCUGAAGAUUUGGAGGCGCUUAAGAAAGACAUUUCACAUUGGCUCGAACGAUUACCAUAUAAAAAAGAUGCAGCACUGUUGGAUUUGAUAGAUACAGCUGCUCGACUAAAACAUGAACAACAUCAGUUUUCUACGGCAACUGGUGGUACGAAGACUAAAACAUUAAUUAAAAAUGAAUUUGCAGACAUUAUACGUCCACCUUUGCCACAAAAACAGAGAGCACAAUUAUCAACACAAACAUCACAUUCAACAGGCAUGCAACAGCCGCCUCCACUUCCAAUGAAACAAUUUCAACGACAAAAGUCUGCCGAUGACCUGCGUGUCCUUAAAAAUAAUAUACUAGAAUGGUUAACAAAGCAACAGAUUAUGAAUCAACAAAGGUUACAUCAACAUCAACAAUUACAACAACAAAUGGUGCCGUUAAAAAGUGCCAUUGUAGAGUCGUCUAAAACUAGUGAAUCAAAAUCUCAAGUUGCACCCCCUCCAUUACCCCGUAAGACCCAUCAGAAGCUUCACAAGCGUCAUUCGUUAGGUCCGAGUGAAGAUUCGUCCGAAUUUCAUGAUAUUCCACCCGAUUGGAUACAAAUUCCAAUUGAGAAGCUCAAUAAGAUGCGUGAAGUUCAGAAAAGCUGUGCGGAGAUAAGUCGAAAGGGUAGUGGAAAAGAGAAAUCCCUAGAGAGAACACAUCAUCGAUCGAUUGAGCGUAAAUUACGUCAUUCGGCUAGUGAGGUGGUUCAAUCGAAUGUAGAUAGAAACCAAAAGCAUCUUCAGCAGCCACAAACACAACAAAUUCAGUAUCAAUUAAUACAGCACACACAACAAAUGCCUAUGCAAAUAACACCACAACAAAAUCAGCUACAGCAAAAACAACCGCAAUAUCAAAUAAUUCAACGGUAUCGUGAACCGUCAGUUAAGAGUAUAAAACAUCAUAGUCAUGAUCAUCAUGAGAGACCAUCGAAGCGUGAUAAGCCGAGACAUCAUAGACAGACGCAACGUUCAGCUACGACAAGUAAUAUGUUACCAGGAAAGCAGAUUAGUAGCAGUAUAGCAGCGACAUGUAGUAGUUCACAUCAUAGUGGAAGUGAUUUAAAGCCAAUAUACCAAUCGACAACUUCGCUUGUGCGUUGCGAUGAUCCUAUGUGUCCAUUAUUGCCUAUAUGUACGGAUCCAAAUUGUUAUCUGAAUGCCAAUUCUCAUUACGAUACUCCACGACGUGCCUCUUUACCACUGCGUUCAAAUGAAAUGCUACAGACAAGUGAUAUCUGUACAGAUCCAAGAUGUUGCGAGACAUUACCCGUGUGUACAGAUCCUCGUUGCUGUGGCAGCACAAUUGCUCGCUCAAAAUCAAAAGCCAUUGGCGUUAGUGCCCAACAUAAAUUCAAAAGCAAUUCACUGCCACGUUGUGUUGAAUCAACACGACGCACAGAUCUCUUUUCGCCGGGUUUAUCAAAAGACGAAUCGUAUUCGUCACUACCAAAAUCUGCGACACUUUCGUCAGCCACUGCUCAAGCAUCUGCACAUCAUCAUGAUAAGUCUACUACAACUACUAUUACUACUAUUAAUAAUACUACAACUAAUGUUCAUAGUCAUAGUAAAUCAAAACAUCAUCGUAAUGGUAACAAUAAGCUAAUGAAGUCAGCAUCGGCUGCUUCCCUAAACUCACGACGUCGUCGCCAUAAAACUGUUCAUUUUGGUGAAAAUCUAUUACGCGAAGUGUGCCAAAAUCGUCAGCUUAUUAAACCGUUAACAGAUCAACCGUCCAAUAAUUCGACAUUACAGCCAAAUAUUCAAAUGUUAUAUAAUUUUGUAGAGGGUGUAUUGAGUGCCUGGGUAGAUGAGGAAGAUGAUGAUAAUAUCAAAUCGGGUCCCGAUUCGGAACCUGAACGUGGUGCCAUGCUUAAACCAAUGCAUAGAUGCAAUAGAGCUCGCUUACAGACAAUUCGACGUGUUGUUAAUGAAGCAGCAGCUCUAAAAGGCACCCUUAAGCUUGGCAACUCACGCUAUCGCCAUCGACAUUGGCGUGGCACGGCAAAAGACUGUAAUGAGCGAUUCCUUCGGAAGAUCAGCGACGAUGAUCGAAUGAGUUUAACGACCGCGAUAUCGGAUGAGGAUGAUGGUGAAAGUAUCAUGGCAUCACCAUAUAAAGCAAAGGCGACUGGUACAGCUGCGGCAUCUUUUAAUUGUACGGGUGCAGUACGUAAAGCUGGCUUUUUAUCAGUUAAAAAAUGGCUAUUGCGCAAAAAGCAUCAAAUUGAAUUGGCUCGUAAACGCGGCUGGAAGGGAUAUUGGGUAUGUUUGAAAGGUACCACAUUGCUCUUCUAUCCAUGCGAUUCUCGUGAAGGACGUUCUGUUGAAGCAGCACCAAAGCACUUAAUCAUCGUCGAUGGCGCAAUUAUGCAACCAAUUCCCGAGCAUCCCAAACGUGAUUACAUAUUUUGCCUUAGCACCGCAUUUGGAGAUGCUUAUUUAUUUCAAGCACCAUGUCAAGUGGAAUUGGAAAAUUGGGUCAACAGUAUUCAUUCAGCUUGUGCUGCAGCAUUUGCACGUCAUCGCGGUAAAACUGGAACAUUGCAUCUACUACAGGAAGAAAUUUUCCGUUUAGAUAAAGCAAUUGAAUCGGAUCACAAGUUGAAGCAUAUGGCAGAUUUACAAUCGAGCGUUGUAACCGACCAGGACACUCGUGUUCAAAUUACACAACAGAUUAUAACAUGGGAGGAGAAUCUCGAGCGCUUACAUUGCGAGCAAUUUCGUUUACGUUGUUAUAUGGCAUCGUUGCAAUGUGGUGAACUACCAAAUCCAAAAUCACUUCUUACUCACGUUUCACGCCCUACGAAAAAUACAUUGAAUAAGCUGGGCGUUUUUACUGUUUCAUCGUUCCACGCAUUCAUCUGUGCUCGUUCACCAUCAUUGUUAAAUAAUUUGCUGGCAGGUCGUGGAGCCACAAAGAGACGUCCUCCAUUGUUAUCACGUUCAAAUAGUGGAUCUAGUCGACGUUCAAUGCAGAUGAGCUCCCGUGAUGAUUCGGAGAAAAGUUAUAAUGUUCCGUUGCCAGAUAACAGUUAUGUUACUGUAUAUUUGCGUGAUUCAAUGACAGUCGAAGAAUUUCUGGCAAGUGCAUGUGUUAGAAAGAAUCUUAAUCCGAUGGAACAUUUCGUUCGUGUUAAGAAGCGUCGCGAAAUGGAAGAUCAUAAUUACUUUGUACCACACAGAAAUGAUUUAAUCGAAACCUACUUGCACACCCACGAGAUUGUUGAAGUUUGCGCUAAAAUUUUAUAUCAAGUUGAAUUGCAACGUUCGACAUUGGAGCAAAUGUGGGGCUUUUCUGUUGAAGCUGAACUCAUUGAGAAUGCUGAUCGUCAAGAUGAAUUAUGUUGUUAUGUUAGUCGUGUUGAGGACAAGAGUGUCGCACUACAAAAUGGUAUUAUUAAGGGAGAUGAAAUUAUUGUUAUCAAUGGUGCCAUUGUGUCCGAUUUGGAUAUGAUGUAUUUGGAGAGUGUUUUGCAAGAAGAGCAAGCUUUAUGCAUGAUGAUGAGGUCCUCUCGUGUUGAGCCACCGGAUCUUGCUGGCAUUUUACGUUCAACUGAUGACAUUAUUGAGUCAUUAGUUUGUCCACCACCACCAUCAGAUGCGGUGAUGAGUGAGGAAAUGAUUUCAGGAUUAAUUGUUCCUGCGCCAAGUUGGAGUAAGCAUUCGCAUGCUAAUCUAACGAAGUUUCUUCCUAAUAACUCAAAUUUCCUGCUCAUCACAGAGCGACCAGGCAUGGAACACCAUGAUUCAGUUACUUCGGAUCAGCAGCUUAUUGCUGAAAGUGGACGUCAAAAGGCUCAAUCGCGUACGAGUAGCUUUGAAAUUGAAAAUUUAUUAAAAACAGCAGAACAAGUCACAACUUAUUGUCGUUCUCCACAAGAAACCAGAAAAUCAAGUCCAACGGGAUCUGUUACAUCAUCGGCAUCGAAUGCAGUCUUGACUCCAUCACGUCAAUUAACUGACGCAGAAAAAUUGCGUAAAGUUAUUUUGGAAUUGGUCGAUACAGAACGAGCAUAUGUGAAGCAUUUGAACAAUCUACUCGAGUACUACUUGGAACCAUUGAAGCGCGAAACGUUCCUCUCAAAUGCUGAAAUAACGGCUUUAUUUGGCAACAUUCAGGAAAUUGUUACAUUCCAGCGUCAAUUUUUACAAAAUUUAGAAGAAGCCUUAGAGAUAGAGCCAGAUUUUCAUAAAUUCGAACAUUCUAGCCAUUUCAGAAAUGUUCUCUUUGCUAUUGGAUCGGCAUUUUUAUACUAUGUUAAUCAUUUCAAAUUGUACUCUUCAUUCUGUGCAAGUCAUAGUAAGGCACAGAAAGUUUUACAUCCAAAUGAAGGCAAUCAGGCAUUACAGGAAUUUUUACUGUCAAAGAAUCCAAAGCAAGAGCACAGCAGCACAUUAGAAUCAUAUCUCAUAAAACCAAUACAAAGAAUUUUAAAAUAUCCACUGUUGCUGCAACAAUUGAAGAAUCUAACAGAUCCGUAUGCGGAUGAACAUCAGCAUCUUAUUGAAGCUUUAAAAGGAAUGGAGAAGGUGGCCGAGCAUAUAAAUGAAAUGCAACGAAUUCAUGAGGAAUAUGGAGCAAUAUUUGAUCAUUUGUUUAGGCAACACCAAAAGUCAUGCAAACAACCAAUCGAUCUAAGUCCAGGUGACUUGCUCUAUUAUGGUGGCGUUGAAUGGCUCAAUAUAUCCGAUUUCCUUGGUAAAAUAAAGAAGGGCCUGGAACUUCAUGCCAUGUGCUUUGUUUUCAAAUCAGCAGUUGUCUUCCUAUGCAAAGAACGUCUUCGACAAAAGAAAAAGUUGAUGGGUGUAUCAAACAAAAAUGCUCCAAAUGAAGUAGAAAUAAUUCGUUAUCAAGUAUUAAUUCCUGUUACUGAGGUUCAAGUUCGUGCAUCAUCAGCCAAAGAUAUGGAUUCACAUUUCUUAUGGGAACUGAUUCAUUUACGCUCACAACUUCAACGACGAUCCGAGAAAGUUUACGUUUUAUCAAAUAGCACUGCUGACUUCCGUAAUGCAUUCUUAAAGACAAUUCGUCAAAUCAUUCGUGAAAGUGUUCGCAACAUGUCGAUACCGAUAAAGGAACGUGGUAGCAUAAGUUCAGUAUCAUCUGCUGGCCAACCACACUUUUCUGGCAAUUCGCAGACAUUAGAGAGGCCAAAACAGACGUCAAACUUACAACAGGGAUCGCAAACGUUAGGCAAACCGAAAAAGAAGAAUAAUAAUAAUCAACGACAUAGUUCCGGUAAUAUCGAUUAUGACAAUCUUCAUGGAAGCUCACAGGAACAAGAGUAUUGUAUUGAACAAGAUGAGGCACCGCCAGUUUUUAGAAUUCGAAGUAAAACUGUUGGAGAUGAUGGCCCACCACCAGUUCCAAAAAGAACUACAUCUGAAUUGACUACGGAAAAAGAUCCCGGUGUCAAAUCGGAGGGUGAAGAUGAGUCAUUGAUGGCUCAUAGGUCUAAGUCCUUGGGCAGAACACCGAAUCAUUUAACUCUAAGCACAACUUCAACACUUUCGGUUGGAAGUACUGGCAGUCAAGCACGUCUAAUUCAAUCUUCCCACGCACCAUCACAUUAUCAGCCUAUUUUAAUGAAGGAUUUAGGUAAGACAUCCUCAACUGAUUCGGGAGAGUCGAUAAGUUUUCAUACAGAAAAAUCCUCUGAUUCGACUUCGGGCGUUGACGUUAAUGAUGAUAACUAUCAAUUGACUGAUGAGAUUGUCGAUAAACAAUUAGAUGAUUUAAAGCGUGAAUGUUUAUCGUAUGAGACACGUGAUGUGGCAAAGUUUAUGGAAAAGUUAAAGACUCAAUCUGAGUCAAUUGAUGGCGGGGAUGGGAGUCAGGAUGAGAAGAAGGCAGAUAUUGUAAUGCUUGAGAAAAAAUCAACAAGACGUGAGUCGGAAUCGAGAAAAGAAAUGGAAAUGAUUGCGAAACAAAAGGAAUUGAAGAGUGAAUCGUUGGAGAAAAGGAAAGGAAGUGAGAGUACAAAUCAUGUACAAGUUAGAUCACAAAGAAAAUCAUCGCCUUCGCCUACGACAAGAAAGCCAAAAACAAUAGAUAUGGACACAUUGUCCCCCAAACCACAAGACGUGGAUAUUAGUCAAGUUCAAAUAAUCAAAAUAAAGUCACCAGGCGGUAGUCGUAAGUCAUCACGCGAAACUUCACGUAAUAAUUCCAUAGAACGUUCACCAUCAAAGGAGAGACAACAGCAGACAUUAAAGAAGCCAGAAGGUGGUAUAUUGAAAAAGCCAUCGCCAAAGUUUGGCAAGGCAAGUGAAUAUAAGCUAUCAAACAGCUUGAGACCAGACAGUUUCAUUAGUCCAUUCAGUAGCUUCGAGUCAAAAAGCGACAAAUUAUCUCCAUCAUCUGAAAUAUUGCCAGCAAUUUGCUCGCAAAAAGACACACAAAAGCGAGCAUCAUUUUCGGAUUAUGAACGAGACCCGCAAGAUUACCAUCAUCAAGCAAUGAAAUCACGCUCAUUAGAAGGCAGCUUAGAGCAUCUUAAGUCAGCAUUGAAACAUCAAAGUAGUUAUGAACAAUAUGCUUCAUCACCAAUUCAUGCCGGCAAUGACUCACAUAAAUAUUACAGCUUAUCUGCUCAACACUCAAUUGAAUCUAAUCGAUCGCCCGUACGAUAUUGCUCACCCAUACCACCACAGUAUUAUAAUGAGCCAUUUUAUGAAUAUCCGCGACAAAAGGCACAAAAACGUGAGUCUCGUUCACUUGAACGACCAGAUUUUUCACGUCAAAGCUCAUCAGAAUAUGAACGAUAUUAUGAGGAACCGCCCUAUCCUCAACAUUAUACGCAGGCACAGAAAAAUCAACACGAACAAGAGCAGCAGCAGCGUCAUAGACGUCAUAGUGUCUAUGAACAUCGCUCGAUUCCUUAUCACUAUUAUUCAAUGUCUCCCGAUGAUUAUCUCAUGCCUUCAUCUGCUUCUCAUUAUGAGCAGCCAUCAGCAUGUGUUGAUUGUUACUAUCAAACGUAUCGAAAACCGUCACAUUCACAUUAUAAUAUACAACAACCUCCGCCUUUGCCACAACGCAAUUCAUUAACAUCUCAGCAACAACAUAAUCAGCAGCUACCACCGCCAAUACAAUCAAAAAGUCCACAAUCACAAUCACAAUCACGUCAACGUCAAUCUCGGUCACGUAAAAAGCUCUCACGUCGAAUGUCUUCCAAUUAUUUCAAUAAAUCCUUUGACGAUGAUGACACACAAAAUGCUUCAACUGGCAAACAAUCGCACGAUAAUGAAGAGAUUCGCGUUUAAUUUUUUUUUUUCAUAUUCUAUCCUAUAUCUAUCUUGCAAAUGUUCAUACAUUAUGAAUGCAAUAUGUCUCCUAUAUCUCUAUUAGAAAUUAUUUUGUCUCUUUCACAUACACAAAUACACACAUUCACAAAAAUUAUCUUGAUAUAGAUAUAAAGAAU